CUAAUAACUAGGAUCUCUAUUAUUUAAAGUAACUAUCUAACUAUUCUUUAAUCUAAAUCUUUUAAAAAGUAAAUAAAUCUGGCAAAUGUUGCUUGAGUUGCAUUUACUACUUUUUUUUGCCCAAUAGGGGAAACAUAUCAAUAGAAUUUAUGCAGCAUUUAUUUACUAUCUCUUUUUAUGCAGCAUUCCAUUUUGUUAAAGAAUAUCCUACCUACAGUUUUCACAUUGAACACUAGUAUGAUGAAACUCUAUAAAUAAUCAAAAUUUCGUUUGGACUUUAAUCUUUCCAUCGUAUAUUAUUCUUAAGUUUACAUGAGAACAUAAUAAUAAUGAAAAGCGGGAUAAUGUCGUUAAUCUUUGCGCUCUAUUUAGCCGUUAUGGUUGUUACAGCGAAUAGCGAUUCCAACUACUACGGGACGACCAAGCCGGUUCAUCCGAAGGAGGAGAAAGUGACACGUCUCCGCUUCUACCUUCAUGAUAUCCUCAGUGGCAGAAACCCCAGCGCCGUCAGAAUCGCACACGCCAAUCUCACCGGCGGCGCAGAUUCGGCAGUAGGAUUCGGAAGCCUGUUCGCGAUGGACGAUCCACUCACCGUGGGACCCGGGAAAGGUUCGAAGGAGAUAGGAAACGGGCGUGGAAUGUACGUAUCCGCGAGCAAAGACAUAAGAAAGUUCACGAUCGUGAUGUACGCGGAUUUGGCGUUCACGACGGGGAAAUUCAACGGAAGCUCGAUAAGCGUGUUCUCCAGGAAUCCGGUAGCCGAAGAGGCGGGAGAGAGAGAGAUUGGGAUCGUGGGAGGACGUGGUAAAUUCAGAAUGGCUAGAGGCUUCGUCAAAAUCAAAACGCAUCAGAUCGACAUGAAGACAGGCGAUGCUGUUCUCCGUUACGAUGCUACUGUUUACCAUUAUUAACCACAUCAUUUUAUGUUCAAACUAUAAUUUGUAACAACUCUACAAUUAUAUUUCCGAUUCAAAUGAUAAUCCGAUUCCAAACUUUACCUACUGCUUGUUUUCCCGCUAACUUGUUUUGUUACAAAUUUAUAAUAUAGUUAGAAAUUUUAAAAUAACACUAAAGAUUAUAAGGCUUCAGUAUAUAGAUCAUUUGCCGAAAAGCUCAAUAUUUUCGUAGGAGUUGUUAAGACAUAGAUUUUGUGAAAAAUUCAAAAAUAUAACAAUAAUGUUUUAAUGCAUAGUUGCACCUGCACUAACAUAUGAUGAUGGUCAAAGAGUUUUCGAACUUUUGUUGUCUCCGUUUCUCUAGAAUAACGACUUUAUAGUGGUUAGUCCCCUGAUUUAGAGAUUAUAUGAAGUAUUACUAAAUUAAUUGAUAAAUAAUUAGAACGAUGUCCAUGUACCAUGAUAGAGAAUUUAGAGUACAUUAAUACAAAUGUAAAAUAUGGUUAGAAAUUUUAAAACAACACUACGGAUUAUAGGCUUCAAUAUAUUUAUCAUUUACAGAAAAACUCAAUAUUUUUGUAGGGGUCAACACAUAAUUUUU